CUUUCAGCUGCUAUAUUUUAGGUACAUUUGGAGAAAUCAGCAAGAGUCCACCUUUCCCCCGCACUGUGUUAAUUUCAUCUCAGUCAACUUCUGUGGGUGCAGUAGAAAUUUGUUCCUCUCUUUCGUGGCUUCGUCUAUAUUUCCCAAUAGCAAUAUGAACAGCACUAUAGUUACCCUGAAAAAGCAGUUGCGUAAAGAGAUGGCAAUAAAACUUUCGAAACUACCGAACAAUGAACUCAACAGACAAUCUGAUCUGGUUUUUCAAAAACUCAAACAAAUGAAGGAAUUUCAAUCGAGCAAAAAUAUAAGCGUCUAUAUCAGUAUGCCGACGUGUGAGAUACUGACGAAUAAGAUAAUUCAUGACAUACUCGCCUCAGACAAGAAUUGCUUUAUACCACGCUGCACAAAAACCACAAUGGACAUGGUCAAAAUAUCCAGUAUGGACGAUUUUAAUUCUCUUCCUACCAAUAAAUGGAAUAUACCAGAGCCCCCUUUGGAUGAACCAAGAGAAAAUGCUUUGGACAUGGAAAAGGGCUCGGGUUUAGAUUUGAUUUUGAUGCCUGGUGUAGCAUUCGACAAGGAAAAGAAUAGAAUCGGCCAUGGAAAAGGAUACUACGAUCGUUUUAUCAAGGAAUGCGCUAAAUGGUCAAAAGAACAUGGCGCACCCCGAGCUAAAACAGUGGCCUUGUCAUUGAACGAGCAAAUUGUCGAUAGUGGCGUAAUCCCAACUGAGGAAACGGAUGAAAAGCUGGACUACAUCCUGACACCUGAAAGCGUCUUUCACUAGUUUGUUAAUAUAUUUAUUAGUAAAGAGAGGAGGGGAAAAAAAAGAUGAAAAUGAUAUAUAUAUGAAACUAAGGGCGGAAGAAAAAAAAAAAAAAGCAAUUUGUAGAAGUAGUCUCUUUUUACUUUUU